AUGGGAAUGUUUUAUGGUAAACUCUGCAAAUGGCUGACUCAGCUAUUACUGGUGGUAGAUUAUCUGCACUCCAACCACGUUCUACAUAGAGACGUGAAGAUUGUAGAGAAUGUAAUACCAGAGUUGCAUGAGAUGCGCAUUGCGCAUAUUGUUUCUAUUGGGUUUGAAUCAUUGUGCACACUGAAUCCAGACUGUGGUGGCGGGAAAGGAGCAAUAUUGACAUAUGAUACUCGUACAAAUUUGCCAUUUUUUCACUCAUUUAUUGCAGCAGACUAUGUUUCUGCUCAGCGGUUUAGGAGGAGGUUAAUGUAUUUCCAUAUGGAGAUUUUUGAGAAGGUGGAUAUCAUUGUGACACAUACAACUAGCAUGACACCACCCAGAAUUCCACCAAGUGCUACUAAAGUUGGGGAGACUGAUUUGCAAGUUUCAAGUUUUUCCCUUAGUCACCUCUUACCAGAUAUCAUUAACUAUGGAGUUCGUUGA